UUAUUACUAUGUAAUAUAGACUUAUAUGCUAUUUACAUAAUAGCUAUAAUAAUUUAAAUGAAUGUGAUAUAAGAUUGAAAGACUUGUAACCUCUUUUACAAAUACCUCAACAAAUUAACAAGUUGCACUUGUCAUAUUUUUAUUGUAGUAAAAGAAAAAUAUGUUUAAAAAUACUACAAGAAAGCUUAACUAUGGAAUAUCUACCACGUGCUAUCAUGUUAGGCAAUUAUUAGUACAUGAUAAUUCAGCACUUAAUAAAAAUACAGGAAAGAACAGAAUGAUGAAUACAAGUACCGAUAAUGAUGAAGUUCUCAUUAAAGAGAUAAAGGAUAAGGGUAUAAUAACGCUGAAUCGACCAAAAGCUCUCAAUGCAUUAAAUCUUUCCAUGGUACAAAAAAUAUAUCCAAUUCUGAAAGAAUGGGAAUCUACCAAAAAGUUUGUUAUAAUAGAAGGUGCUGGAAAUAAAGCAUUUUGUGCAGGUGGAGAUGUUAAAGCCAUAAUUACUUCUCUAAAUAAACCAAACGGAAGUUUCUUGGGUGAAAAUUUCUUUAGAGAUGAAUACACAUUAAAUUAUUUAAUCGGCACAUAUAAAAAGCCUUACAUAGCAAUAAUACAUGGAAUAACAAUGGGAGGUGGUGCUGGCUUAUCUGUACAUGGAAAAUACAGAAUAGCAACUGAAAAUACUUUAUUUGCCAUGCCUGAAACUGCAAUAGGAUUAUUCCCAGACGUGGGAGGAAGUUACUUCCUUUCUAGAUUAAAAGGAAAAUUAGGACUUUAUUUAGGGCUCACAGGACAUAGAUUGCAAGGCAUUGAUGUACUUCAUGCUGGCAUUGCUACUCAUUUUAUUCCAUCUGCUAGACUUCAGGAUUUAAAAGAUGAUUUAUUAAAAUUGAAUUUUAAUGACAUUGAACAAGUUUUAAAUAAAUAUCAACCUAAAGAUUUAAUGAAUGAAUUCUCUUUAUCACCUUAUAUACACAAAAUUGAAAAAUGCUUUUCUUCAUCUUCUGUUGAAGAAAUAAUUAAAAGAUUAAAUAAAGAUAAUUCAGAAUGGGCAAGUCAAAUAGUACAAAUACUACUAAAAAUGUCACCGACAUCUCUGAAAGUUACAAAAAAAUGUAUAGAAGAAGGUAGUAAACUUACUUUAAGAGAAUGUUUAAGAAUGGAAUACAGGUUAAGCUGUGCCUGUUUGCACAAAAAUAGUGAUUUCUAUGAAGGUGUUACAACUUUACUUAUUACAAAAAAUAAAAAUCCAACGUGGAAUCCAAAAUCCUUAUGUGAAACUACAGAUGAAUAUAUUAAUCAACGAUUUCAAAACCUACCAGAUGAUAAAGAAUUGCAAAUUUGAUAAUACUGUAUUGUUUAUCAAUUAUAUCGUUGCAUUAAUUACAUUAUGAUGUUUAUUUUUUUAUAUAAAUAUAUAUUUUUAUACUUUACUUAAAAAUUAAUAAACAAGAA